AUGCCCGUUGCCAGGAGUUGGGUUUGUCGCAAGACUUAUGUCACCCCCCGUCGUCCCUUCGAGAAGUCCCGUCUCGACCAGGAGUUGAAACUCAUUGGUAUGUUUCAACCUCAUACUUACUGUUUGCUCUUUCUGGAUUUCCUCUAUAUCCGUUGAAUCUAAAACAAUAUCACCUUCCUAUUUCAGGUGAGUAUGGACUGAGGAACAAGCGUGAGGUGUGGAGGGUCAAGUUCACCCUUGCAAAGAUUCGUAAAGCUGCCAGAGAGCUGCUCACUCUUGAUGAGAAAGAUCCCAAGCGUCUGUUUGAAGGUAUUUUGAACAAAUCCAGUAAUUGUGACAAUUUUACUGGCCGAUGAUUUAAAUAUCAACUUGUCAGACUCAACAAUGGUGUCAUGAAUUCCUCGUCAAUGAGGCCAAAAUUGUCGCACACUCUACUCAAAAGUCUACUUAAAGCCCCUUCAACUUUGUAACUACUGUGUGGUUUUCUAGGUAAUGCUUUGCUCAGGCGUCUGGUGAGGAUUGGUGUGCUGGAUGAGGGUAAGAUGAAGCUCGAUUACAUCCUGGGUCUGAAAGUAGAAGAUUUCUUGGAGAGGAGGCUGCAGACGCAGGUCUUCAAGCUCGGACUUGCCAAGAGCAUUCACCAUGCCCGCGUCCUUAUCCGCCAGAGGCACAUCCGGUAAGAUCUCAUUCUUAAGAAAAAUAAACAUAAUGAAGGGAGGAGGGGUCACAAGUCUGAGGAGGGACUCAUGAGAAUCACUCAAUGCUUCCUCUCCCCUCAGAGGAUCAUCAGCUUGUAACUAUCACCGCUGAGAUCAGUUUAACUUUUCAGCAAGGUCAAUUCGGUAUCAAAACCGUAUACCUUGUCAGUAGACAUUGCCCAGAGCCAAUCCUGCCACUGAGGGCUUGGACUGUGCCACUUGGGUUUUGUGGCUGUCAGGUAAGGUAUGGGGGAUUGCACCUCGGGCAAUGGAGCAGUUGUUUACAUGCUGUAUUACUCAGGCUGAUGAUUUAAGUAAAAGUUUCAGAUUUUCUGUGGUGUCAAGAAUUCCUCGUCAAUGAAGCCUGAAGUUAAAAUAGGAGAUGACUCUUGGUUAGAAAUAAAGUUGAAUUGUGAAAUGAUAAAGUAAUGUUUUUUUUUCUCUCCUAUAGUGUUCGUAAGCAGGUAGUGAACAUUCCCUCCUUUGUGGUUCGCCUGGACAGCCAGAAACACAUUGACUUCUCCCUGAGAUCUCCAUACGGUGGUGGACGCCCAGGCCGCGUCAAGAGAAAGAACGCCAAGAAGGGCCAGGGUGGAGCUGGAGGAGCUGACGAUGAGGAGGAGGAUUAA